AAUCAAACACAUAAAAGAACCCUAAGCAUCAACACUAGUCUCCAAGGCAGGGCCUGUUUUAGAUUCUGAGACUGGUAACUAGCUGAUCACAGGUCUACUUCAAAAUUUCAUCACUGUGUAUCUCACUCAAUGAUUGGAGGGAUAUUCUCCGAUUGUCCACAGAACUACAAUUAAACCGAAGCAGGUAUGGAUGAAGUAAAUUUACUUUCAUUCAUGGAAGUAAAUGAAAAGCAAACAAAUAGAUAUCAAUGUUGCUAAAAGCAUACCUAGAAAGAAGCAACAAAUCAAAAAGAAUGCACGUACCAGGUUACUGAAAAUAAAAUAUUCCAUAUUCUAUAUUCUGAAAGUUUAUAUUAACAGAAAAUCUAAUGAAUUGUUAGGUUUCUGCACAUAUUUGGGGCUGAGGGAAUGGCGUGAAGUCAUGGCUGAGUAGGGAUCAACUUUUAUAUUGGGUUGGGUAUUUGAGGGAGAGGGAGGGGAAGCAGACUCGUUUGCUUUCAUAUUUUUGAAAAAAGGCAUUCAUUAAUAUGAAAAGAUAAAGGUAUGUAUCAAAGCCACAUAAUAAUCCACUUAAUUUGUUCAUUUUAUAUGGAAUCAUCAUCAAUUAAUUCAAGAUAAAAUUGCCGCCAACUAGUUUUGACUUUUAACCAUUAUUAUGAAUUCAUUGUAUAUAGAGCUGGAGCUGCUGCGCUUUGAAGUUAAAUUAAAAUAGAGCUUAAGCUUCGACUUUGUUGCUUCUUCCUCUUCUUUAUUACCUACUUUUUAGGAAGAAGCUAUUAUCAUUUAAUUGUCUUAACUUUUAAAUGCUCAAAAUACAUAAUCUUCAGAGCUUAAUUAGGUUUUUAAAUUUGAAGUAUAUACGGCUGCAUAAUGAAGUUGUUGCAUGUGAUGUCUAUAGGAAAAGGAAAAUAUGUAUGGGAUGGCAAUAAUUAACAGUGAAGUGGUGGGGACUGAGGAGUAUAUAAUACACGUCCUUAUCAUAUAACCCUCUCUUUAUCCUCAACUUUUCUUUAAUUCCUCUCUCUUCCUCCUUUGCCUGGUGAUAUCCCUGACCUAGCUCUCUUUCCGCUUAACUCAUCGCCCACUUUGAAUUGUCAACCACUCUGAAACAUCAUUUCUUUUUUCUAUUACGAGGAAGAUAACUUAAUCUGAGCGAUCAGAAGGUCUUAAACUAAGAUGAGUUUAAUAAGUAAUAACAUGGGAAGCGGCCCAUUUGGAGACACUACUUACACUAAGGUGUUUGUUGGAGGAUUAGCCUGGGAAACCCACAAGGAGACUCUCAAGAAUUACUUUCAACAGUUUGGAGAGAUCUUGGAAGCUGUAGUUAUCUUCGACAAGAAUACUGGAAGAUCCAAAGGAUAUGGAUUCGUAACAUUUAAAGAAGCAGAAGCAGCAAGAAGAGCUUGUGUGGAUUCUUCGCCUGUGAUAGAUGGGAGGAGGGCUAACUGCAAUCUUGCUUCUUUGGGUGUUCAAAGAUCUAAACCUUCAACCCCACAACAUGGAGGCAGCAGGAACUUUAGAGUAAUGAAAUCUUAUCAGACAGGGUAUCAACAAGGUGGGGUUGGAACAGCUUUUCCUUCGACCCCAACUCAGCUUCCACAUUAUGCCAUCCAACAAGGAAUCCCCUGUGCUCUUUAUGGGUACUCCCCAAGCUACACUUGUCCCACGGCUUACUACAGUGCAUGUGGAGGAACAAGCAGCCAUUAUGUUGUAUAUGGGACAGUAGGAAACGGCACAGUUUCAAACUCAAAUUUCUAUCCCUACAUGCAAUAUUUGGAUUUCCAAUAUCCGCAACACCACUUUCAAUAUCCGAUUAUUGCUUCAUCUGGCGUCCACCCGCACCCCUACACUCCCGCGAUCCCGCAUUCUCAACCUGCAGGUGCAAGUGCGAGCACAGCUCUUGCUGCUCCAACAGUUGCUGCCUUGGCACCCCAUUACCCUUCUCAGACCAACUCCCUUCGCCCCAUCAGCAGCAUUUGAAUAUCUCUUCUUACACAUAACCAUAACCAUCAUCAUCAUCAUUACUAUCUCUUGGUUCGGACGUAUGCUUAAUAACUAGUUGCUAAUUAGGAUUAAGGACUUGCAUUCUCUCCCACCAAAUUGUUCUCAUCGAUAUCAACCAAAGCCUAAAAUUUAAUUAGCUUAGAUUAGGUAGAGAGUAUAGCAGCAAGUUCACAGAAUGAACUAUUAACUCACAUUCAAGAUCAUCCUUCUUCUAUAAGUCGGGAAGUAGGGUGACAUACACUGGGCAUGGAAAAUGUCCACCAGUACUGUUUUUGAUUCAUUGCUUUGCAAAAUAUACCCAUAUAAUUCUCUUCAUCAAUAUCUUCUCCUCUUCCCUUUCCGGAAUAAAGGGAAGACAUUAUUCUUUCCUAACUUUUGCAUUUAGGUUAGUUGUAGAAGUAUUCAUAUUGUGGCAAAACCAGUGGGGGGUUUAUAGCCCAAUUUUGACACAUGCAUGCAAGAGCUAUUGUUUUUUUUUCCAAACCCUACAGCUCUUGCUUUUAUUUCCUACUUGUAGUGAGUUUUAUAUAUUUCUCGUAUACAGUAAUUCCUUUUUCUUCCCUCAUCGUACUAACUAAAACUCGGACAACUCGAGGAGAUAUUUUGAUCCUUGGGUUUAUCCACAUCUAGCCAUAGGGUUAUGGCUAAAUUUCAUUUUUCAUUGCUGUUGCCUCUCUCUCAUGGAUAUCUUUAAUGAUCGGAGAGACAUGAUUUCAUGGUUCUGAAGUUUGGUUUGUCAACUCUGUCUCUCUCUCUCUCACCCAUUCUCAAGUUUGGUUUGUAAUAAGUGGCUAUUUGCUGCCAUUUAAUAUUAUACUAUUUCAUUUUCUCUUGACAUAAAAUUAUUGUAUUGCAGAUUUCAUGUAUGCGAAUGCUUUUUCCCUUGUUACUUGAUUUUAA